UUUAUUUAUAUACAAUUAUUUACAGUCAAAGUAUAUUUUGCAAAAGAAACCUACUAAAACGUUUCCUAUAGUUUUACUUGUAAAGUUAAGCAAGGCCCCCUAUUAUGUCUCCGAUUUGGUCUGACGUAAUUUCCGAACCGAAACCGCUUACAAUCGAGGACAUCUUCCUGGAAGAGACAAUGGGUGCACCGAAACAGUUACACAAGAAACAACCCUUCAUAGAAAUAAACAACAACAGUAUGAAGGAUGUUUCGAUGAACAACAUUGCCGAAUUUUAUAAAGAUACAACGAUUUUCAUCACCGGAGGAACCGGGUUCGUUGGCAAAGCACUGCUGGAAAAACUUCUGCGGACUUGCUACCAAUUGGACAAGGUCUAUCUGUUGGUGCGGCCCAAAAAGGGCAACCAAGGUGAUCAAAGACUCAAAGAACUGAUAGCAAACCCGGUGUUCGACAGAAUUCGGGAAAAAAAUCCAGAAAUAUUUUCCAAAAUCUACCUCAUUCCCGGAGACAUGAGUCAACCAGGGUUAGGCCUUUCAGCUAACGACAGGAACACCCUAAUUCAACAAGUCAAUUUAGUUUUCCAUUCGGCAGCAACCGUCAGAUUUCACGAAAACCUGAAAGAUGCCCUAACACUUAACACCCUUGCAACAAAAAGGGUUCUAGACGUAUGCAAAGCCAUGAGGAACCUCAAGUGUUUCAUUCAUGUAUCUACCGCGUACAGCAACGCUGACAAGCGCGAUAUCCAAGAAAUCGUUUACAACCCCACUAGAGACCCUGAAGCCCUUCUUAACUGUAUCGAUGCCCUUCCAGAAAAUAUUUUAGAUGAAAUAACAGAUAAAUUAAUCGGAGACCACCCAAACACUUACACGUUUACAAAAUCCCUUGCAGAAAAAAUAGUCUUAGAAUAUUCAGAGUACAUCCCCUGCGCUAUUGUGAGGCCCUCAAUUGUAACAGCAAGUUGGAAAGAACCUUUCCCUGGAUGGGUCGAUAACGUAAGUGGUAUCACCGGGAUAAUGUUAGAAGUCAGUAGAGGAACAAUCAAAAGCAUAAUUUGUAAAGAAGACCUCGUGGUAGACCUGAUACCAGUGGAUGUAGUUGCAAAUACGUUGAUAACUGCCGCCUGGCAUACAACCGCUUACAGGUCGAAUUCCAUGAGAGUGUACAACUGCACCACUGGUCAAAUCAGCCCAGUUUCCUGGAAAAAAUACGGAACUAUUACAGAAUGUUAUUCGCUGCAAUAUCCUACGAAAUAUGUCACCCUGUAUCCAGGAUUCACCUACAGAACCAACAGGAUACUACACAGAAUGAUACAAACUGUUGUUCAAACAAUUCCCGCUUACAUCUUCGAUCACCUUUGUAUUUUUACAAAGAGGAAACGGAUGAUGGUAAAAGCCUGCCGAUUGUUCCAACGUAUGGCGAAAACUGGCGAAUUUUUCAGUUUACAUGAAUUCAAUUUCCACACACCAACAUUUCAAAGUUUGUUAGACGCAGUUGAAAACAGCGAAGACGGCGCCGACUUCACGGUCGACAUGCGACCAGAAGGUGGAUUCUCCUGGGACCCCUAUGUCAAAAACUACCUCCUGGGAAUUAGGAAAUACAUCCUCAAAGACGACUUAAGUUCCCUCCCUCAAGCUAAAGCCAAACUCAGCAGAUUGUACUGGGCAGGAAAAAUACUACAGGCCGUUUCCAUGUAUUUUGUCCUGAGAUUGGCACUAUGGUAGUACAUUAUUUGUCAGUAUUCUUUCUCAUUAAAAAAGACAACAUUAAUUCGACUUCCUCAUACGUCCUUACUAUUAUUUUUUUAAUUUAUCACUCUUAUUAGGGAUCGCAUUUGCAUUUUUUUUAUUAUUCUUGUAUAUACAUGUAUGUAUUAUGUCCUUUUUUUCGUUGUGUAACUGUACUUCACAAAACAAAUUUAAUAAUAAAAUAAAUACUACUGCUUAUAUCAAA